GAAAGAAAGAAAGAAAGAAAGAAAAGGCAGGCAUGGUCACUGGGGCGCCCUGAUCCAAAGACCAUGCCAUCAUAGCCUGAGACCCAGUUGGUUGCCCGCAGCGGCCAGAGGGCUGGCAGAUGGAGAGCGGCUAGCGACGAGAAGGAAGGCGCAGGAGGGGGGACAGGGAGGGAAAGAGGCGAGCGGAGCGGGGCUGUCCUUCGGCCACACGGCUCGCGCGGCGCGCACCCCGCGUCCCCACGCGCGCACACUCACACACGCACCCCGCGCCCCCGCCGCCGGGUCUCGUUCCCCGCCUCCAGCCCUGCUUCUCCUCCCGCCGCCAGGAGCCGAGAUCGGAGUUUGCAUGGAGCAGCCGCCGCCGGAGGUGCCAUGGGAGGAGGAGGCGGUCGCCCCGGGCAAGCGGAGUCUGGCCGGCUGAAGGAGGAGGAGCAGGAGCCCCCCCGGCAACGGCGCUGAGGACCUCCGGGCGGGCGCUGCUGGGCUCUGACCGGCAGCCAGCCCAGGCACAGAGAAAUGAUCUACAACCAGCCCCAGAUCACUGAGGACUGCCGGUCGACAGAAUCGUCUCCCAGCAGCAUUGGCAGUUGGCAGCAUAGACAAGCCAAAAGAAAGGCAUGGCACAUGGAAGGGCAGCUCUGCGAUCCAUGGCAAGGAUUCUUGGGUUGCUUGCCCACACCUCUGGGAAACUUCCCAAAGAGGGGGCUGAGUGGUGAUCUACAGUUCCGCAGCCUGCGUCCGUGACAAAGAGUUCCCACCACUUGAUCACCACAAAUGCAUUUCAAGUUCAGAGUGAAAACAAGCAGACUCACUACAAGCAAAGAUUAUAUAAAUUGGCUCUGAAAUUGGCUCUAACGUAACUUCAGAGACACAGCGAAGAAUCAAAUUGGCCUGCCACACAGGAUGAGAAGAAUCUUCCUGGGCUGUGCUGAGAUGAGCUGGUCCAGCAGCAAGAUAAACAGUGUGCAACACAGUCACACAUGUUUACUUGUAUUAAUUUAAUUCACAGUACCUGUCCCCACCCCCUUGUUUCCAUUACGGUAGAGCAAACUAGAACAGUUUUUAAUAUCACAGCUGAGUUGGGAGGAAGCGUAACUGAACCACACUUCCUGGUUCAAUUUUCCAAGAUGUGACCUAGAGCCAAAUCAUCAGGUCAACAGCCAUGGGUUCUGUAGGGGGCGACCACUUCAAGGAUGUCAGCCCUGUGGUUACUCCUGAAGGGAACGUGGUAAUGAGCUUCAGCUUUGACAGCUACCAGCUGGAAGAAGAAGAGCUCCAAGCUAAAGGGUGUCAAGCCAAGGGAGUCCUCACCUUCAUGGAGCCAGCCUGUGAAGAGCCUGAGCCUCAAGAUCGCUACCAUGGGAUUUACUUUGCCAUGCUGCUAGCAGGCGUUGGCUUCCUUCUGCCCUACAACAGCUUUAUAACAGAUGUCGACUACCUGCAUCGCAAAUACCCAGGGACCUCUAUCGUGUUUGAUAUGAGCCUUACCUACAUCCUGGUGGCCUUGGUGGCUGUCAUCCUCAACAACGCCUUGGUGGAGAUGCUGAGCCUCCAUACCAGGAUCGCUGUGGGGUACCUGUUUGCGUUGGGUCCCCUUCUUUUUGUUAGCAUCUGCGAUGUCUGGUUGGAGCUUUUCAGCCGGCAGCAAGCCUACGCCAUCAACCUCAUUGCAGUGGGUGUCGUGGCCUUUGGUUGCACAGUGCAGCAAUCCAGUUUCUACGGCUACACCGGGAUGUUGCCAAAGCGCUACACCCAGGGGGUGAUGACCGGGGAGAGUACCGCCGGAGUGAUCAUCUCUCUGAGCCGCAUCUUCACCAAACUCCUCUUGUCAGACGAGAAGGAGAACACCAUCAUCUUCUUCUUCAUCUCCAUCAGCCUGGAGCUCACCUGUUUUAUCCUCCACCUGUUGGUGAAGCGGACACACUUUGUGAAAUACUACACCGCUCGUUCCCGGGAUGCGGCAUCCGAGUUCAAAGGAGCCAUGGACCGCGGGACGGGAUACAGGGUUCACCACGACGUCACUGCGGAAGACAUCCGAUUCGAAAAUCGCCCUCAUGAGCAAGAAGGCUCCCCUCCAGAUGUCUUUGGGCAGGAAGGCGAGCUGGCUGGGAGCGGCACCUACAUGAGAUUUGACGUCCCUCGGACAAAAAUCAAAAGGAGUUGGCCCAGCUUCAGAGAUAUGAUGCUCCAUCGCUAUAUUGUCUCCAGGGUGAUCUGGGCUUACAUGCUGUCCAUCGCGGUGACUUACUUCAUCACACUGUGCCUCUUUCCCGGACUGGAGUCAGAAAUCCGGAACUGCACUCUCGGGGAGUGGCUCCCCAUUCUUAUCAUGGCGAUCUUCAACCUCUCAGACUUUGUGGGCAAGAUCCUCGCUGCCUUGCCUUACGACUGGAGAGGGACCCACCUGCUCAUCUACUCUUGCCUGCGCGUGGUCUUCAUCCCUCUGUUCAUCAUGUGUGUGUAUCCCAACGGGAAGCCCGCCUUUGGCCACCCUGCCUGGCCCUGCAUCUUCUCCCUCCUCAUGGGGAUCACCAACGGCUACUUUGGCAGCGUCCCCAUGAUUCUCGCGGCUGGCAAAGUGAGCCCAGAGCAGCGGGAGCUGGCCGGCAACACCAUGACGGUGUCCUACAUGACAGGACUGACACUGGGUUCUGCUGUGGCCUAUUUUGCCUACAGCCUCACCAGCAUGUCCCACAGCACUUGCAUCCGCACCGAAACCUACAACAGCUCUUCCACCGAAGGGUACUGAACGGGGCCGCCCCAAAUGCUGCGUCCGGUCAGUGGGCAGCAGGCAAGCUGCAUCAGGGGAAGGGGAUUCUGAGCAUCCGCUGACCUGCAGGCUUAGCCUGAAAUGUGUUGGUGCCUGAGGUGGGGAAAUCCAAACGUCACUCUCCCAUCUGCAUACCAGUUUAGCACUGGGCGCAAUCCACAAGGAAGGCCUCCUGUUGAAAGGAAUGGGUGGAGCAUGGCAGGGACUUCCCCGUGGAUUCUGUGUGCCCCAUGGGCUGGAUCUGAGGGUUCCCCACGUUGCCAUCCCGAAUGGCACUCGGAUCCAUCACCUGAGACGGCCACCUAGCCUUCCUUUCCAUAAGGGGCUGCCUUUGGUGUCCUGCAUCAUGUUUUUUGGUGCUUGCAUCAUCAACAGUAGAAAAAGAAAUUAAAAACUCCCCUUCCUAUGAAUUCUCCUUCUGCCCUCUGAUAAUCAGAAGGAACUGCCACAAAACUUAAGCAUCCCGGGCAACUUGGCUUUUCGGUCUGGAGCUGUGCAUGUUGUUUCCAAAGGGGAGGGAGAGCUGGCCUUGAAGUAGCAAGCAUGAGUUGUUCCAUUUCCUAAGCAGAGUCUGCCUUGGUCUGCAUUUGGAUGGAGACUACAUGUGAGCACUGUCAGAUAUUCCCCUGAGGGGAUGGGGCCAAAGUUCAGUGGCAGAGCAUCUGCUUCGCAUGCUGAAGGUCCCGGGUGCACUCCCUGGCAGCAUCUCCGGGCAGGGCUGGGAGAGACCCCUAAGCCUGAAACCUUGGAGGGCCGCUGCCGGUCAGUGUAGACAAUCCUGAGCUGGAUGGACCAAGGGUCUGAUUUGGUCGGAGGCAGCGUCAUGCGUUCUUAAGGCUUCAGAAGGAAAAAUGACUGGCCCAGAAACGUUCCUGAAAGCUGAGGUGGUUUGGGCCGUGGAUUGUAAGGGGCAGAGACUGAAAGGUCUUGCUCAACCCAAGGUGUUCUUACCAGCCUGGUUUCAAGUUUCACCUCCUCCAAAAGUUGUCAGAUGCAAAAGAAAAGGCAUACUUUGUUUCCUGACGGGAGUGGGGGCCGUAUAGUGCAGUUUCCCCCAGCCUCUAGUGCAACAGCCUGCUUCCCACUUCAGAUAGCAGCUGGUAGGAUUUUUAAAUGGAAAUGUUCCCCUUUAAAACAAAAUUCCCUGCACAUGGGAAAACUAGUGGAAAGUUUCUAACCUAGCCUUCUCCCUGCCAAGCUAGUGUUCUAGCUGCAGAGCAGUCAUGGAGCAUUCAAGCAGGCGAUCCCCUCCAUAUUCACAGAUACUCCCUGCCAGUCUGAAGUGGUACAGUCCAAGAAAAACUGUACCAUGUGAGUCAGAGACACACACCGAUGGGCACUUGCUUGCUCUCGGGAUGGCAGAAGCAAGUGGCUUCCAUACUGCCAUACAUGGCUUUCAUGGGAGUCCGUGUCAAAGAAUUUUAGAGACCUUUACUUCAAAACAUGAAAGGCCGGGUGCCUCAGUUAAGACAAAUAUUGGUGAUUCUUUCCCCUUCUCCUCUUUUGCUGCUGUUUCCUCCAGCACCUGAUUGUGAGGGUAGUGAGUGUGUUAUGUCCUGAAAAUAGCCUAUAUUCCACCAAGGACACAGCUGGUUUUACUCAGAGACAAGGACAAGGCCUCUUUAGUCCUGGUUGCAUGUACUUUCAGUUGAGCUGUCUCUACCAGCGUCACCUCAGUGUAAACAAAAUUAGCUUGCCUCAAGCAGAGAACGUGUGAAAUGUCGCUCGCCUCAAACUGGGACCAACAGUUUGCUUUGUAGAUGUGCCAUUUGCGUCAGCUGCCCCAGCUCCAAAUAAAGAUAUGCUCGUCUCUAAAGAGGCAGCUGGAUGCAUUGUUUUGGUGCAGGUGGCCUAUUUUGAGUUCACUAGCUGCUACUAGUGAUAUGUUUUCCAAACCCCAGCCAAGAAUGGCCAGAUGCAGUGUUCAGAAUCAUUGGCAUGGUGAGUCACGUUGUGCCUCCAAGAAGCAGACCCUCCUCAUAUCUUUGGCUACCAUAUUUUGGUAUGCAGGCCCCCUGGUUGCCGCCCAGUGGCUGCAAAACAACAGGGUGAAUGUGAUUUGAAGUAGCCAAGUGGUGGACAGAGGGAGGGGUGCUUAACUCCCACCACCACCACCAACCACUUUGCCCCUUUACACACACACACACACACACACACACACACACACACACACACACACACACACACCAGCAACAUUCCCCCCAUCUGAGGCAAACACCUGGGGAGUGAUAGGCAGCGAAAAAGCAGCCGCCAGGAAGAUUACGGACCUCUUUCCUGAUGGACCCUUCCUCUGCGACUUUGCAAGCCAGGUUCCCAGUGCCACACUUGCUGCCAACACCUGUGUGUUCUCGUUCUCUCUCUCUCUCUCUUGCGCGCACACACACACACUUGAAUCCCAUGGCCAGUGUGCCCAUCUGUGUCCUACCAGUGCCUGCAAGGUGCCCCCGGUUCUGGUUCUGCCACUACUACUACAUUAGCAUGGUGCGUAGUCAUCGCACGCACCCCUCAACGCCAUUGCUGAUCACCUCUCCCGCCCACUCGGUGUCUGCAUGCCUGCCUCUGUCUCUGAAGCUGAACCAUCUUCGCUCCCCACUGCACCCCAGAGCCACUGGCUGCAGGCCAAGCUAAGAGGAAGAAGUCUCUGAGGAGAGGGCAGGGACUUCGCCUCCCCCAGCUCUCUGUGGUUGACACUUUUCUCUUUGUGUGUGUGUGUGUGUGUGUGGUUGCUGAUGAAUAAAAACUGUUGGUUUUCUUUCCCCCCUAA